CCCGCGGGACCCGCGCCCGGGUCUCGCGGGAGGAAAAGCUGGAGCUGAGCCAGCGCAGCCGCGCGGGCAGCUGAGAGCAGAGGUCAGAGGGCGAAGCCAGGUUCCAGGAGUUGCCCAUAGAACUAGGCAAUCUGUUGCCAGGUAACCACAUCUCCCACCACCACCCCAACUCGAGGUGCUGAGCCGCCCACCCUGGGCCUCUAGUUGGCAUCUGCUGAGUCUCUCAAACACCUACCCUCUGUGAGGCUCUGAAAGCAAAAAGAGAGGAAAGCAAGAGCGCACUCCAACCCCACUCCCCAGGGGUUCUGUCACCCACUGCUCACUGGGAAGACUCCGCAAGGGCGGGUAGCUCACCGCCACCAUGAGUCUGGGCAUCAUGGAAGAGGAAGACCUGGUGGAGUACUUCCGGCUGCAGUAUGGGGAGCGGCUGCUGCAACUGCUGCAGAAGUUCCCCACUGUUGAUGAGCAGUCAGAAUCCCCAUCCAUCCGGCUCCUGGAGAAGAAGAAGGAGGCCGUAGUCAUGCAUCAGGCCUUGGAAGAAAAGAAGGAGACAUUUAAGCGCAGAAUGGAAGCCCUGAAGCUGCGCUGGGAGGAACUGGGCAUCAAGGAAGAGCAGCUGAAAGCCCACAUCCAGAAAUUUGAACAGUUCAUCCAGGAGAACGACCAGAAGCGGAUCCGCGCCCUGAAGAAAGCCAAUAAAGAGCGGGAACUCAAGCGGCAUCACCUGCGGGAGCUGGCCAACGCCAAGCAGGACAUGGCGGCCCUGCGGCUGGAGCACCAGCGGCUGAACACCAAGCUGCAGGACUACUCCAUCUUCAACAAGUACCUGGAGAAGGUGGUGGAGAACUCCGAGUUUGAGGAGAUCCAUGAGGUGAUCGGGCGCUACAAGACUCUGGUGAGCAUGCACCAGGACCUCAUGCAGUCGGCGCAGGAAGGCCAGGAGAAGAUCGAGCGCGCCAAGGCGCGGCUGGCGCGGUACAUGGAGGAGAAGGACGAUGAGAUCCUCCAGCACAACAAUGAGCUGGCGAGGCUGCAGAUGCGCUUCGACCGCGCCCGCAGUGAUGUUAUCGUCUGGGAAUCUCGCUGGGCACACAUCCAGAACACUGCGGCCAAGAAGACCCUCCUGCUGGGCACCAUCAAGAUGGCAACGCUGAACCUCUUCCAGAUCGUGAGCAAGCAGCUAAAGGAGGCCUCCCAGGUGUCGGUAGAGGACACUCACAAACAACUGGACAUGAUCCAGCAAUUUAUCCAGGAUCUAUCAGACAUCUGGACAGAGGUAAAGAAGAAGGACCAACCGCAAGUCCGGGUGUGAGGCGGCAGCACACUUCCAGAAUAUUCUUAACAGACGCUGCGAGAGAGAGAGUUCGUGGUGAGCUUACAGUCCAGUCAGCCCAGGUCAGCAGAAGAAGACCUUGUCUGGCUUUCUACUGGAAAACAUUUUGUUGUGUUCCCCUCAGCCUCAGUCUAUCCCAGCC